AACAAAACUUUCCUGCCAUCCUGGACAAUAUCGGGCUCCUCUGCGCUUAGGCCACUCAGAGCAUUGGAUUCUCUGACUUUUUCUAAAGAGAAAAAACACGAUAAAGUAUAUUUUGGCAGGAUGUACAGCUUCAUGGGAGGUGGGUUGUUCUGCGCCGGAGUGGGGAACAUACUCCUGAUUGUCUCCACGGCAACGGACUACUGGAUGCAGUACCGUCACUCCAGCAGCUACAUGCACCAGGGCCUGUGGCGGUACUGCGUGCCCGGGAAAUGCAUGACGCACACAGACAGCAUCGCCUACUGGGAUGCCACCCGGGCCUUCAUGAUUCUGUCCCUGCUGGCCUGUUUCCUCGGCAUCGUGAUCGGCAUCAUGGCCUUCGUCCACUACUCCUCCUUUGACGGCUUCGACAAGACCUUUGCAGCCGGGAUCCUCUUCUUCAUCUCCUGCUUCUUCGUGCUGCUGGCGAUGGCUGUCUACACCGGAGUGACCGUGAACUACUAUGGGAAACGCUAUGGCAGCUGGCGGUUCUCCUGGUCCUACAUAAUGGGCUGGGUGGCGGUGGUGCUCACAUUUUUCUCAGGUAUCUUCUUCAUGUGUGCCUACCGGAUGCACGAAUGCCCCAGAAACUCCAACACACGCUGACCUGCCCUACAUCCUCCCAACCAGCUCGAAGAACAACCCGACCUCAUGAACACCUGGAUCAGAGGACCUGUGUCCACGCAACUUUCCAAACACUUUAUGUAAACACGGAUAUCCACAAAUCAACUAAAUAAACGGAGA